CUGGGACAUCCGCGCCUAUGUGGUACUGAGCGAGAGGAGGCAUGACUGAUUUUAUGGAAUGAUCACACCGAUUGCCUACCGCCAUAUCGAUGUUUGUGGUGGUGUUAUCGAUCGAGAUUCCUCACCAACGUGAUUCUCUUCUUUUCCUCCGUUUGUUGACAGGCUGCAGGUGUGCACGAUUGGGCAAUAUGUAAUUUUUGACACAACGCUGCUAUUUUUGGAGAAUUGCACUACUUUUGGGAGUUAAUACUUGAUUUGUCAUUCUCUGACUCGUUUUUUUUAACGGCGCUCUAUUCUGUAGCCGAGCUGGGCAUUGAUUCCCUCCAAUGGCUGUGUGAAUUGACAGAGUGAAGAUCCUAAACAUUCGGAAGCUGUGUGAAGGACCUGGGGGAAAAAAUGAAAGCAUCCAUACCCUUUCUGGUCCUACUUCAUGCAAUUGUGGUCCAUUGCCUGAGAGUGGUAUCAAAGAGAGGCUCAGUGGAAGGAUGCACAGAUUGGUCUGUGGACUAUCUGAAAUACAAGGUGCUCGUGGGUGAACCUGUUCGGAUUAAGUGUGCUUUGUUCUAUGGAUAUAUCCGUGCCAACUACACACAUGCUCAGAGCUCAGGACUCAGCCUCAUGUGGUACAAAAGUGAAGGACAUGGUGAGUUCGAGGAGCCCAUCAGUUUUGAUGGCACACGAAUGAGCAAAGAGGAGGAUGCAGUAUGGUUUCGACCAGCUGAAGUGAGCGACAUGGGCUACUAUUCCUGUGUGUUAAGAAACUCCACUUACUGCAUGAAGGUGUCCAUGUCCCUCACCGUGGCAGAAAAUGACACAGGCCUCUGCUACAACUCCAAGAUGAGGUUCUUUGAGAAGGCAGAGCUGAGUAAAAGCAAGGAAAUUACCUGCACAGGCAUCAAAGAUUAUAUCCAGACAGGAGCCGAGCCCCAGAUUGUUUGGUAUAAGGAGUGCAUGCCAAAGCAAUGGAGACAGACAAUCGAGAGGAGGAGGGACACGCUCUCCAUCAAGGAAGUUCGAGAAGAUGACAUUGGGAAUUACACCUGUGAAUUACAGUUUGGAAACUUUGUAGUGCGGAGGACCACCGAACUGUCUGUCACAGCUCCUUUGACAGACAAGCCGCCAAAAAUCCUCUCCCCGUCCGAGGGCCAAACCAGCGCCAUUGAAAUGGCUCUAGGAAGUCCCGUCAACCUGACAUGCAGAGCAUUCUUUGGGUACAGUGGUGAUGUCAGCCCACUCAUUUACUGGAUGAAGGCGGAGAAGUUUAUUGAGGAUCUGGAUGAGGAGCGGGUGCGGGAGAGUGACAUCAAGACAAUACGUGAGCACUUGGGCGAGCAGGAGGUCUCCAUCUCGCUUAGCAUCGAUUCCCUGGAGGAGAGCGACCUGGGAAACUACACUUGCUACGUGGAAAAUGGCAAUGGUCGACGACAGGCAAACAUCCAGCUCGUCAAGAAAGCUGAACUCAUGUACACCGUGGAACUGGCCGGCGGUCUGGGGGCCAUCCUGAUCCUGCUCAUCUGCCUGGUGACUCUGUACAAGUGUUACAGGAUUGAACUCAUGCUCUUCUACAGGAACCACUUCGGCAGUGAGGAUCUAGAUGGAGAUAGCAAAGACUAUGACGCCUACCUGUCCUACACGAAAGUAGACCCUGACCAGUGGAGCCAGGAGACUCGGGAGGAGGAGCGCUUUGCCCUGGAGAUCCUGCCCGACAUGCUGGAGAAGCAUUAUGGGUAUAAACUCUUCAUUCCAGACAGGGACUUGAUCCCCACAGGAAGUUUCACCAGCGAUCAUUUCCAGGAUGACACCAGACUACUUAGAGCUUACAUCGAGGACGUUGCACGCUGUGUGGACCAGAGCAAGCGCCUCAUCAUCGUUUUGACGCCCAGCUACGUGGUACGGAGGGGGUGGAGCAUCUUUGAGCUGGAGACACGUCUUCGUAAUAUGCUGGUGACGGGCGAGAUCAAGGUCAUCCUUAUUGAGUGCGCCGAGCUGCGCGGCAUCAUGAACUACCAGGAGGUGGAGGCCCUCAAACACACCAUUAAGACGUUGACCGUCAUCAAAUGGCGCGGCGCGGCCAGCAACAAGCUGGACUCCAAGUUCUGGAAGCAGCUCGUCUACGAGAUGCCCUUCAAGCGCACCGAGCCCCUGAGCAUCUCCCACGAGCAAGUGCUGGAUGUGAGCGAGCAAGGGCCCUUUGGCGAGCUCCAGGCGGUAUCGGCAAUGUCCAUGGCGGCCGCCACCUCCACCGCCAUGGCAACGGCGCAUCCAGACUUGCGUUCCAACUUCCACAACUCGUACCACACCCAGAUGAGACAGAAACAAUACUACCGUAGUUACGACUAUGAGCUGCCACAAAGGGGCACUCUGCCGCACUUGUCCUCCGGCCGAAACCAGCACACGUACUGCAAUAUCCCCAUGACACUCCUGAAUGGACAGCGGCCUCAGUCCAAGUCGCCGCGACAGCAGAGUUUAGAGGAAGGCCACGGCAACAACGCCAUGCUCCCGCUUCUGCCCCGAGAGACCAGUAUAUCCAGCGUUAUCUGGUGACACACAGCCCUCACCGCAAUAUAGGAUUUACUAAUCCGGGAGACAGGGUGGGAUUGCUUUUGCAAUCUGUGUAUCAUUCGUCCUUUCCGUUUUUAAUUGGCAAUUGGAGGAGAGAAAAAAAGACUUUUUGGUUCCUUGUUUUUUUGUUUUGUUUUGUUUUGUUUUUUUAAAUGAAACAAAAAAUGAAAUGUCAGAUAUUUCACAUCUCAAUUCAAGCCCAAAUCAAGCGCGUGGUUAGCGCGUGGGCUUCACAGUGCAGAGGUGCAGCUUUCAAUCCCGGCUCCGGCCUACCUGUGUUGCAUUUGCAUAUUCUCCCCGAGGCUGCGUGGGUUUUCUCCGGGUACUCCGGUUUCCUCCCACAUUCCAAAAAUAUGCAUGGCAGGCUGAUUGAACUCUCUCAAUUGUCCCUUGCUGUGAGUGUGAGCGCGAAUGGUUGUUCAUCUCUGUGUGCCCUGCGAUUGGCUAGCAACUGGUUCAGGGUGUCCCGUGCCUAUUGCCUGACGAUGACUGGGAUAGGCUCCAGCACCACCUGUGACCCUUGUGAGGAUAAAGCGGAUCAAAAAAUGGAUGGAUGGAUCUUUAUGUGAACCGGAAGUUUAAUAGAAGCAUAAAGAAGCAAAAAUAGCUUGUUCACUGCCUAAUUAGUUAAGACUCCGACGGCUAUGAUUCUUCAAAUAAUGCAUAAGGUCCUCACCACGUAAAAAUAUACUUGGCUUUACAAGAAUUACUACCAUCACGCCUCACAUUUAAAUGCAGUAACAUAGUCAUCCUUUAGGCUGUGCUGUUGUGCCCAGUGUGCAAAUCCAGUACAAAGGGCUGUCUAAUUGUGCACAAGGGUGGACUUUAUUUUAUUUUGAUAUUUUCACAGAUGAGCGCAAUUAGAAAUUGCCUCUUGAGCCUUUGUGCCCGUAAACACAGCCGAAUAGAUUCCCCGGCCAAUGGAAGCAACUCAUGUCCUUUAACUCAUUCAGUACCAGCCAAUUCUGGACCAAGUCUGAAAAGACGUUUAAAAACGUCUUUCGGAGUGAAUGAGUUAAGUGCAGCGCGUGAGAGGCACGCAGUCUUUGAUAUUGCUGAAGCAGACAGUGACUAGCAGAGGCUCAAAGCACACAAAGUGUGUUUAUAAGGAACUGCAAGGAGAUCUCCAUUGGUGGAUAUCAAAUUGGCCAGUGCGAUCGCAGAUCAUCACUCUGAAGUGGGCACUUGGAUACCUUCAAACCUGAUCAUUCCUGUCUGCAUGUGAACCCCACCGACAUAGCUGUCCCAUGGUCAAAGAGGGUGAUUUUAAAAAUAUCAAUAAUAAUAAUAAUAAUAAUAAUAAUGCAUUCAAUAAAUUGAUUUCUACAUUGAUUCAGAGCGAUCGAUACACAGCAUUUUUAUAUUUAUGAAUGAAAUACGACGACAUCCACUUCACAUAUCCGUGGAUCUUAGAAUCUGACUGCGUGGACCCUAAUCAAAAUCAGGCAGACCGAACAAUUGCUUUCAGCCGUCUCUGUCUUUCUAAUCAAAUCGUUUUCAACUCAUUCAUGUCCACACGAGCAGAUGGACGAGUAGAAUUGGGACAAAUCGUUUUCUCAGUGCUUAUUUUUAUUCUUCUUUCAACCAUUAUGCAGUGACAAACGAAGCAAACAUGAUGCCAAAGACAAUAAUCCUUUCAAAAUGUGUUGAUGAUCUCAUGUGGCUGUUAAAUCAUUCAAUGUCUCGUUGUCCGGACUGAUCGCGGUGACGAUGACAGCUAACAUAGCUGUUCUAAUAGAAGGACCAAUCUUAUGUAAACUCACUUUUAAAUUUUGUAUUUUUUUAGCAUUGAAUUGAGUAAAAAUAAUAAUAAUAACCAGGCACUUUUUUUUUUCAAUUGCCAAACAAAAAGUGGUAAGUACAAACGAUGCACGGAUUGUUUUGUGACACUGAAUAACAAGUGGGGGGGGGGGGGGGGAGCAACUGUUUUACGCCAUGCCUGUAAACAAGUAACUUAAUCCAACACCGGCCAAUAUGGCUGGCAAAAUGCUGGAACACAGGGUCAUGUACAUAGUGUUUGUAAUUCUUUGUAGCAUUUGUUUUUAUUGAUGACAUUCUCUGUCAUCGUUUGGUUGUGUGUGUGUGUGUGUGUGUGUGUGUGUGUGUGUGUGUGUGUGUGUGUGUGUGUGUGUGUGUGUGUGUGUGUGUGUGUGUGUGUGUGUGUGUGUGUGUGUGCGUGUGUGUGUAUGUGUGUGUGUGUGUGUGUGUGUGUGUGUGUGUGCGUGCGUGUGUGCGUGCGUGUGUGUGUUUCUUUGUUUGCUUUUGCGAAGUUUGUGAAAUGGAUCACAUACAUGAGUGUGUGGGUCGAAGAUAUGUGAGAUGGGUGAUUACCGGUGGUGGGCAGGAUCUCCGGGAGCCACGUCUCAGCCGCUCCAACCACUUGUCAAGUCAAGGACACAAACUCAGGAGUCACAAACCCCAAUAACGGAUGGCAGUGGUAACUGAGAAAGACGGUGCUAUUGGCUUACAUUGCUGUUUUCUUUGAGAUAAUGCAGACUUAUAUACCCCUAACAAAUGAUUCUAUUGCAGAAAAAAUUUAAUUGUGUAGUAUUUUAUGAAAAUAGUCUAUUUUUGUAAAAGUGCGGAUGACAGAAGGACUUUCAGAGCAGAGAUUUGUAAGUCGGAGGGCAUCGCUCACCCCCUCUGAUGGGUCAUUCACAGUAUGUCUUACAUGGCAAAGAGUAUAUUACAGUUGGGAAGUCCUCGCCCACCUGAUCUUGUGUUGUUUUAGCAGCUAGCGUACCUCAGAAGAGCGCAGAUCUCUGCCAGGGCCAGACAAAAGUCAUUCAUGGAGGUUGUUAAAAUUCUUAUGGGGUGGAGGGGGGGGGGCAAACACUGAAAAUCAAAGCUUGUAUCUGCACUUCUACCCCGAUUCUUACCAAAAUGUGACAUUUUCUUCCUUUCCUCCCGCAAAUGUGUUUUUGUGGUAGCGGUAUCUUAAUGACCACUUACUGUUUUACAAUGUCUCAAAAUGACUGUUGAGGGGAAAAAAAAGGAAAAACAACAAAAAUAGUGAGGGCCGAAGACUUUUGCACAAUCUGUAUUUCCAUCAUAAAAAAGACGAGUUGUGAUGCAACAAUGCCGUUGGCGAUUUCGGAAACGGGGGAAAGGAGAAGCCACAUCAUCAACCCAAAGCAUUCGCUUCAUGCGGUUCACCCACUCCGACCAGGGCUAAGCCAUCAUUCCCUUACACGACUGCUCGGCUCUUUGAGCACCAUUCCAUUUUGCCAGAAGGACAGAUGUCAGUUAUCCAAGGAGUGCAAACUUUAGGGCUUUGGCCUCCAAACUCAGGAUGAUGUCGCGUGUUCUCUGUGCACGUUUUCUGUGUGAAACGUGGGACUGCAUAUGUGUUGUGACUGCUACUUUUCUUUCUUGUUUCUUUAAACCUGUGGCAACAUGAGCAGAAAUGAAACUACGACUCCAGCGCGGGAGGUGUUGCCAUAUCAAAGAAAGGAAUAUAUGCCUAACAGGACAAGACAAUGAUUUCUUUCCUGUUUUGCAGAUAUCGUAGUUUCCGCUCUCAGUCAAGGCGCUUUAACAAUGCAUCUGUGGAAAGAGAUUGGUGGGUUGAGGUCAGGAUUCAAGUUCUUCCACCCCAAACCCAUCAAGCUGCUUUAUGCGCUGGGAAAAACAUUGGGCCUUCCGCAAACCGUUCCCACAAAGUUGAAAGCGUAGAAUCAUCCCAAAAUUCUUGGUAAUAUAAAUAAUUAAGAACAGAAAGAUCCAUCCAACCCCUGGCUUACUGUUGUGGUUAGGUAAACUAAAGGAAUAAAACUAAAUUUGAGACAUUUUAUUGUGCAUAAUUUUGACAAUUUAUUUGAAGGCAGCUUGAAAUAAAGUCACGACGUUUUGAGAGGAUUCAUUGAGGUGUAUGAUUUUUUUUGGGGGGGGGGGUGAAGAAAGCUUAUAUGAAGCACGAAAACAGAAGAAAGUAAGUCAACACACAACUGUUUGCUUCACUGGCAGGUUGUGGUGUGUCACUAGCUGGUCUAUCAAACAAAACACUCACUGACUUAUUGGAGCCAUAAGGUGCAAUUUUCAGCACUCUUGAAUUGUUUCUUUUUACACUGAGAUUCAAGCGUUCCUGAAAGGACCCGUGUGUCCCCCCCGCCCCCCUUUCGGGGGGCAGAACAAAUGACGGAUACGCAGAGCAGUGUGCUUGUGACAACGCAAUGUCAAAAUACAAUGAUGAAGAUUUAGAUGAAGACAAUCAAGCCAUAAUACAUAAUAAUCCCGUUGGGGCCACAUCACAAAGCAAUCGUCCUAAAGGAGGAGCUUAAAUAAAUUCCCAUUGCACCAAUUCAUGUUAUACGUGGACACCCAUUUUUUUUAUAUUACAGUGAGUAUUUGGAAUAUUUGUGGUGACAAAUGGCUGUGAUGAAGAUGAGUAACAAAUACAUAGCACAGAAUUAAUUGCAGGCACUUUUCACUAGAGCGGAGAACGAAUGGUCUCUUCUGUUGUCAUCUAUCUGUAAUGUACAUGAAAUGAGCUAAUGCUAUUAAUAAAACACACUUGAAGUCA